AUCGAAAGUCGCAUGGCAACGGAUGCUUUGAGAAACUCCAUCAAAAGCUGUGGGAGGACGCUCAAGAUAAACAUUUUGUUUUUCGAGGCAUUCGUCUAAAUCCCUGAAUAGACAAAGAUGAUGAAAACAAGGCAACAGCAACCGUGUCUAAAGAAGGUAAAACAACCAGGGAAAGUAGUCGACUUGAGAGAAAGAGUUCCUUUCACUCAAGAAGUAGAAAUUUUUGAUAGAAAUAAUUUAAAGAAACCAGAGCCACCAGUGGCAGGAGCUUUUAAAGAAAGAACUACAGGUGGGACAUCCUUCAAGAAGUUCUAUGAACGAGGUGACUUCCCUAUUGCUCUAGAACAUGAUACAAAAGGAAACAAAAUUGCAUGGAAGGUGGAAAUAGAGAAGUUGGACUAUCACCACUACCUUCCACUGUUCUUCGAUGGUCUGUGUGAGACAAGUCACCCGUAUGAGUUUUUUGCACGUCAAGGUGUUCACGACAUGCUAGAGCACGGAGGCUCAAAGAUAUUACCUGUCAUUCCCCAGCUGAUAAUACCAAUUAAAAAUGCCCUGAACACAAGGAACCACAAAGUGCUCUGCACAACGCUCAAAGUUCUCCAGCACCUCGUUGUUUCCGCAGACAUGGUUGGUGAAGCUCUUGUUCCAUACUACAGACAGAUUCUCCCAGUCAUGAACAUCUUCAUCAAUAAGAACUUGAACUCUGGAGAUGGUAUUGAUUAUAGCCAGCAAAAGAGAGAAAAUGUUGGUGACUUGAUCCAUGAAACUCUUGAAGCUUUCGAAAGAUGCGGAGGAGAAGAUGCUUUUAUAAAUAUCAAAUACAUGGUGCCAACAUAUGAAUCCUGCAUGCUGAACUAAAUAAACAACUUGUGUAUGUCGCAUGUUUAAAAAUGUAAAAAAAAAAUAUUUAAAAAUUUUGGUUUGUGCUCAGCUCUUGUUUCCUGAUCCACAUUUUAAAGUAUUAAGUAUCAGGAAAUUAAUUUUUCCAUAAAGUAUUAUUUUUUUAAUACUAUGCAUUAACAACUGCUAGAGACCAGCAUACAUGUUUAACCCUGUAAAGACAAACUAAGUUGGUAAUAAUGCUACUGCCUAAGGAAGUGGGGUUGCAAAAAAAAAUGAAAAUGUUAAUAAUGUAGAUAUAUUAUUUUUUAAAGUUAACACAAUUUUAAAGAGAUUUAAAAAUAAUUCUUAAAAAAUAUUCAAAUGCAUAUGCUUAAAUAUAAUUGCUUUUGUUUUGGUUUAAAAAGUUUGACAAAUUUUUCCUGUAAGCCAUUUUGUUGGUAUCCUUCAUUGAUGAAAUUUGAAGAUGUACAUCUGAGGUAUUAGUGACAUCUUUAUGUGUAGCAGGCACAGUUCAACCAUUCUAGCCAGGUACACAGUUCAACCAUUCUAGCCAGGUACACAGUUCAACCAUUCUAGCCAGGUACACAGUUCAACCAUUCUAGCCAGGUACACAGUUCAACCAUUCUAGCCAGGUACACAGUUCAACCAUUCUAGCCAGGUACACAGUUCAACCAUUCUAGCCAGGUACACAGUUCAACCAUUCUAGCCAGGUACACAGUUCAACCAUUCUAGCCAGGUACACAGUUCAACCAUUCUAGCCAGGUACACAGUUCAACCAUUCUAGCCAGGUACACAGUUCAACCAUUCUAACCUUCCUUCUUGCUCUUAUUUCACUGAGCUUUGCUUUUUUUGGUUUCUUUAGUUGAUUGAGUAAAUUCCUUACUUUUCUUGGGCACGUAUGAAGCUCCACCCUCCUAGAUGCUAAUAUGAAUAUUCAUGUCUAUUUUGUCAUUUGACAUGCAAGAUCAUGAUCAGCCAGUUUCUAUUUUUUUUCUACAGCCAGUGCACAAUAGAAUUUCGGUCUCAUGUAACAUAUGCAAUCUACUCAAAACAGUUACCUCUUCACACACUGCAAAAUAGAAUAAAUUAGCAUGGCUCAGAUUUAUUGGUAUUGAAAAAUUUAACAGCCUGACUUAAAUUGCUGCAAUCCACCUUUGACUUCACAAUAACUACAGGACCUCACACUUUUGACUUUCGGAAAGAGCAUAUAAAAUAAAAGAAUGGCCUUGGGCAGAGCAUUAGGCACUAAAGGGUUUAAAAAAAAGCAUUCUGUAUUUGCAUAUCAGCUUAAACUGUGAUAUUCUAUUAUUAUUUGAAAUCUCUUUUCACUUCAUAUUUGAAAAAAAAAAAAAAUACAUCCUUUAAAAAAGGAAGCUCAUUUGUUAAAUUCUGUUAUGCAACUUUAAUAUUUAGUUUCAACCUUGUUCUUUGAAUAAGUUUUGUAUUCUAUUUACUGCUGAAAAAAAAUUGUUAUGAAUUUAUUCAAUGAUGCAAUGCCAUCCAUUAUUUUGCUGCUGACUUACAUUGUUAGCUCAUCUACAUAAUUGAAAGAGUACAUUUUUAAAAAUCCUUUUUUUUUUUAUGUUACAGAUUUUAUGCAUGAAAAUGUUUACCAGUAUUUCAAUAAAAAUUUAAAUAAUAUGGACUUAACACUUUUUCAGUGCUCUGCGAUGCAGUAUAAACACACAAUGUACAUUUUGGGAAGGGAAUAGGAUAUUGUUUACAAUUUAUACAUCAUAGCCUCAUUAUACAUGAUCAUUUUUUUUCUGUUCAUCAUGGAGUGAAUGUUGACCAGUAUUCUCGGAUGUUGGUAUACCUUCACUAUUUAUUUGUGAAUGUGUGUGUAUCACUUUUGUGUUUAGUCUCUGUACCUACAUGUUUCCAAACUUUCAGAGGUAAGCGAGAUAACAGAGCAAUAGGAAAACAAAAAUAUAUAUAUUGUUUCCUUGUUUAUUGUUUCCUACUUUAAAUAUUUCUUUUUAUAUUCUUACAUUUGUUAAAAUCUUGUUGAUAAUGCAAUUAGAGAAGCAUUAUGGCCAUUACACUUUGAGCCACCUGCUAUGUGCUCAAAUCAGUGGUGGGUUAUAGGAUUAAUUAAUUAAUACAUGAAGCCCACUGUUAUUAGUCCAUAAUUCCACUUUUUAAUAUGCUCAAUGACAUAACACUAAAAUCUGACAUGUUGUAUAUGUUUAUAAAUUAAAUGUAACAAGUUAAAAAAUGUUGAUUAUAGCCUACGAAAUAUCAAAAGUGAAUCGCUGAACUAACAUUUAGCGUGAACUCAUUCUAUUUAUAGAACUUUAAUAAGCCCACCACUAGCUUGUUGAAAAAUAAAAAGCUUCUGACUUUUGUAUCUAUGUUAUAAAUCUAUGUAGCAAAGAGUCCAGAGAAUUGUAAGAAAAAGUUUGUGAGCAAUAAAAAUAAAAAUAACAGAAUGGUU